AGAGAGCGGCCCGCCUCCUCCUGCUCCUCCUCCAGCGGCGCGGCCAGGAGCUUGCGCUGCCCUCGGGGCGGGUCCCGGGGAAGGGGCGGAGGCGGCCCAGCCCUACAGGCUCCAUUUUGCGGGCGCGGUGGCGGCGAGUUGACGGCUCAGAAUGUCAUACCCAGGCUAUCCCCCUUCAGGCUAUCCUGCUUUCCCUGGAUAUCCCCCUACAGGACAAGAGUCUGUUUAUCCACCUGCUGGUCAAUACCCCUAUCCUGCUGUGCCUGGAGGCUUCCCUCCUGUGGGAGGUGGUGCAUAUUCUGCAGCGCCACCGAGUGGUGGGUUCCCAGGAGCUGGAGGAUACCCUGUGUCUGGAGGCUACCCUGGAGCUCCCCAACCUGGGGGGGGCUACCCUGGAGCUCCCCAACCUGCGGGGAUGCCAUCUUAUCCCGGAGCUCCUACAGGUCCUGGGUUUGGUGUCCCCCCUAAUGGAUCUGGCUUUGGUGGUUAUCCUCAACCUCCAUCUCAAAGCUAUGUGGGAGGUGGACCAGCACAAAUACCAGUGGGAUACCCUGGUGGACAAGUACCUUCCCCAAUGCCUAGUCAGCCUGCAGCAAUGACUCAAAGUACUCAGGGCACAAUUCAAGCUGCGCCCAACUUCGAUGCUGGGAGGGAUGCAGAAAUACUGCGCAAGGCUAUGAAGGGAUUUGGAACGGAUGAGCAGGCUAUCAUUAAUGUUGUGUCCAAUCGCUCCAACGAUCAAAGGCAAAAAAUCAAGGCAGCUUUCAAGACUAUGUAUGGCAAGGAUUUAAUUAAAGAUCUGAAGUCUGAACUAAGUGGAAACAUGGAAGAACUGAUACUAGCCUUGUUCAUGCCACCUACCUAUUAUGAUGCCUGGAGUUUACGUCAUGCAAUGAAGGGAGCUGGCACUCAGGAGAGAGUGUUGAUUGAGAUUCUUUGUACAAGGACGAACCAGGAAAUUCGAGACAUAGUCAGGACUUACAAAACAGAAUUUGGAAGAGACAUUGAACAGGAUAUCAGAGCAGAUACCUCAGGACACUUUGAACGAUUACUUGUAUCUAUGUGCCAGGGCAAUCGGGAUGAGAAUCAAUCAGUGAACUACCAAAAAGCUCAGGAAGAUGCUCAGCGCCUCUACCAAGCUGGUGAAGGGAAACUUGGAACUGAUGAGUCUUGCUUUAACAUGAUUCUGGCAACUAGAAGUUUCCCCCAGCUGAAAGCUACAGUUGAAACAUAUUCUAAGAUUGCCAAUCGUGAUCUGUUAAGCAGCAUUGGCCGGGAGUUUUCUGGAAAUGUAGAAGAUGGCUUGAAGACUAUCGUGCAAUGUGCUCUAAAUCGCCCGGCCUUUUUUGCUGAGAGACUUCACCAUUCCAUGAAAGGAGCUGGCACAGAUGAUUCUACACUUGUCAGAAUUGUAGUCACUCGCAGUGAGACUGAUCUUGUACAGAUCAAACAGCUCUUCAUGCAGAUGUACCAGAAGACUUUGGCUACAAUGAUAUCAAGUGACACAAGUGGUGACUACAGGAAGUUGCUGGUGGCAAUUGUUGGUCAAUAGAAAAGAUUUACAUUUUAACAAAGUGAAGGGCAUGUAACAUAAAACGAUUUUCAAUAUUGCAUAACCAAAUCUGCCUUCCUAAUUAUGAAUGAUUUAAGAGUUUGUAUUUUGUCUUAAUUUAGAGCACAUUUAUACUUUACUAUAUAAAAAUAAGAUGUAUCUGUCAUUUACCUGAAGUAUCAGUGUCAUUUUGACCCACAGAAAAUACAGCUGAGAUGCCACAUUAAAUUACUUCCUUCAAACAGC